CCCCCUUUGGCUCGGGUUCCCUGCCCCUCCCCCUUUCCGGAGCCCCGAGGGGCCGGAGCUCCUGGUGGUGCCGGAUCCUGACGGCGGCCUUCCCCUGGGUCUGACCGAGGGGACUAAGGAAGGGAGAAAGUCUCAGGAUGUCCUUCCGGGACGCCCAGCCUGCCCCCCUGAGGACUAGAGCUAGUUGACACCGGAUGUGUUUCCUCCCAGGCUAAGUCCACCUUCCGGCCUGGGCUGCCGCUGCCGCGGAAACCUCGGCUCUGGUGUUCUGAGUGGAUUGUGACCAUGGCUGCUGAGUCUGACGUUCUGCACUUCCAGUUUGAACAGCAAGGAGAUGUAGUCUUGCAGAAAAUGAAUCUCUUGAGACAGCAGAAUUUAUUUUGUGAUGUGUCCAUUUAUAUUAAUGACACCGAGUUCCAGGGACACAAAGUGAUUUUAGCUGCUUGCUCUACUUUCAUGAGAGAUCAGUUUUUACUCACACAGUCAAAACAUAUCAGAAUCACCAUCUUGCAGAGUGCAGAAGUUGGGAGAAAAUUGUUGCUCUCUUGCUAUACUGGAGCACUUGAAGUGAAAAGGAAAGAGCUUUUGAAAUACUUGACUGCUGCUAGUUACCUUCAGAUGGUUCACAUUGUGGAAAAGUGCACAGAAGCUUUGUCCAAGUAUCUAGAAAUUGAUCUUUCGAUGAAAAACAACAAUCAGCAUACCGACCUGUGUCAAUCCUCUGACCCAGAUGUUAAGAAUGAAGAAGAAAAUUCAGAUAAAGACUGUGAGAUAAUUGAAAUUUCGGAAGAUAGUCCCGUAAACGUAGAUUUCCACGUUAAAGAAGAAAGCAGUGCUUUACAGUCUACAGUAGAGAGUUUGACAUCGGAGAGAAAGGAAAUGAAGUCACCAGAGCUGUCUUCAGUAGAUAUAGGUUUUAAAGACAAUGAAAUUUGCAUCCUCCAUGUGGAAUCUAUCAGCACCGCUGCUGUAGAAAAUGGGCAGUUUUCACAGCCUUGUACCUCUUCCAAAGCCAGCAUGUAUUUCUCGGAAACACAGCAUUCACUGAUCAAUUCCACAGUUGAGAGCAGAGUGGCCGAAGUUCCUGGAAAUCAAGAUCAGGGCUUGUUUUCUGGGAAUACUGAAGGAAGUCAGAGUACAGCGAAUGAGAUUCAGAAUGUGGAGGACGGUUAUUCACUGAGGCAUCAGUGCCCCAGGUGUCCACGUGGAUUUCUUCAUGUUGACAACUAUCUGCGCCACCUUAAGAUGCAUAAAUUAUUCUUGUGCUUGCAAUGUGGGAAAACAUUUACACAGAAGAAAAAUCUCAACCGGCACAUUCGGGGGCACAUGGGCAUAAGGCCCUUUCAGUGUACUGUGUGCUUGAAGACAUUUACUGCUAAAAGCACGCUACAGGACCACUUGAACAUACACAGUGGGGAUCGGCCGUACAAAUGCCACUGUUGUGACAUGGAUUUCAAGCACAAAUCUGCCCUCAAAAAACACUUAACCUCUGUCCAUGGCCAGAGCAGUGGUGAAAAACUACCCAGGCAUGAUCUGAAAAGGCAAAAUCUGUUAUAAUUAGAAUCACACCUUGCUAUGUAAGCCUUAUAUCAUUCUGUUAGGCAAGCCUUUCUAUUAAAUAUGCAGCAUUUAUAAUAUUGCAUUUGCCCACCAUCUUUGGGUCUUAUUUUUGGUCGGCUUACAUAUUAUUCUUUCUGAACUUCUACCAGUUCCAAAGUGUGGGAGACAUGAUAAAGCUAGUGGGAUACCAUCUGGUUUCAUACAUUAUAUGUAAGUCCCAGUGGUAUACCUAGAGAAGUACUGUUCUUCUCUUAAAUAUUCUUGAUUCUAGUGACAGAGGAUCCAGCAGUAUUUCCAGAUUGUGAUUUUGAGUCUAGAUAAUUGAUAUAAGUGUAAUGGAAAGAGAAAAUAAAUUUUAAAACGCCAUUAUUCAUUAUUAGUCAUCUUAAGGACUAGUGAGUUUUUUUAAAUUUUUAAACCAACUGCUAUUGGAUUGUAAACUAAACACCAAGGUACCUAGUGUUUUAAACUAUAAAGGAACACAAUUCAAAUUUACUUGGGAGUAGCAGAAUUCCCUUAUACAUGGUCUGAUAUUCCUUAAAAUAUUAUUUCCAUGAUUUGUUAAUAUACAUAUUUUAUAAAUGAUUAAUUGGGCCCAGGUGUCUUGAUUUUAUUUUAUGCAGUUGUGUUUAGUAAUUUUGUGGCUAAUAAAAUUAUACCAUUGGCUUGAAGCUCUAAAUAAUUAGAAAUCCCAACUUUACCAAAGAUAUUUUUAGUCUUUCUAAAAUUUAUUUCAUUUCAUUUUUUAGUUAACCUAUAAAGUUAAAUUGACGGUUGUCAAUUUUGUACCUAUAUAAUAGAAAUGGUGUGUUCAAAACACUUGUAGCAGACAUCUCUGAGAUCUUCACAUGGAGGAAACACUUCCCAUAUCUAGCUGCUUCUCACUGUUUCCUUUCUUGAACAGUGAUGCCUGCUGCUAAAUGAUUUGUUUUUGGUAUACCGUUUUACAAAUUUUAACACAUGUAUAGAUUUGUGUAACCACUGCAGUCAGGAUACAGAACAUUCCAUCACCCCCCCCAAAACUCCCUAUACUGCCCCUUUGUAGUCAGUUCCUCCUAAAUCUAAACCCCGGCAACAGUUCUCUAUUGCUAUAAUUUUGCCUUUCCUGGAAUGUCAUAAAUGGAAUAUUAUGGUAUGUUUCCUUCUGAGACGGUUUUUUCACCUAGCAUCAUGCCUUUGAGAUUUAUCCAUGUGUGUAUCAAUAGUUCAUUCCUUUUUUAUUUUAAAUUGUCAAUCUAUAUUUUCUUGCUGUCACUAGAUGAACAGUUUAAACAUGGGUAACUAUUAGUGUUCUCUUAAUUAUUACUACUAACUUUUCAUUAACAUUAAUGCAAUUUUUACUUACUAUGUGUUGACAAAAAUCUUAACCAUCUCUAGAGUUUGAUGCUAUAUUUCCAGAAGUGUGCCAAAAGCAAAACCAUGACUAUAUGGUUAUUUUACUGGGAGUGAUAUUUCAGAUUGUAUUAUGGGCCUUUGGCUCUCUAAUAUCUUUGUCUACAUAUAACACAAAACAUUUUUGUUGUCAUAACACAUUAAAAUACAUUGCAGGGCAAAUCAUACUCUCUAAAACACAGGAACUACUUUUAGUAAAGCAGCCUGACUGGAUGCAUCUUAGUUUCAAGAUGUUCCAUUCCUCUUCUACUCACCUCAGCUUUAUGUAGAAUUUCUGCUAUAUUUAGUUUCUAUUGAAGCCCUACCAUAUUUUAAUAUGUAAUAUACUUUGUACCAUUUAUAAGGAUUUUGUGAUGAGUCACAUGUUGAUUGUUAUAAAUGUUAAUUAUCCUUUCUGUGAUAGUUUUGUGAAAAAAUAUAUUCUCCAUAGAACUUUAACUCUGGGAGAGACUUUAAAGAAUCGAGCUCUCAUGUUUGGUAAGAAAACUGACUUCAUGUCCCCAGGUCACCAGUUAGUGACAUUGGACAGGUCACCUCUUCUUGAGUUUUUCCUAAAUUUAUGUGUAAAGUAAUAAUUUUGAUCUUGAUAAUUUGUAAGAUCAUUUUCAGGUUUAAAAUUCUGUGAUUUUAUUUUUAAAUCUUCCUGAGUUCCUAAGAACAGAGAAGGGAAAGCAAGAGAGGAGAGUUUGGUGUCUUUAUGAAUGUUUCUUUUUGCAUUGGAAACAAUUUUUCCAAAGUAGUGUUUUUCUGCCACUGGAGAACAUGUUAGUGUAGCGCUUAAUUUUCUUUAUCAUUUGACCUAUGAUUGGGCAUUUGUAGGCAUGAAAACAUUUUCUUUUCAGAAAUAGUUUGUGAUUAAAAUACUUUUCUUAUUUUUGCUUCCUAGGGUAAAAUUUUGUGGGGCUGAGGGGUGGGUCAAUGAAUAGUAGUAAUCUGUUUCUUUAGGAAUUGUUACCAACUCUUUUUGAUGUUCAAAAAGAAUUAUGGUUGAAUUAUGUUUAAGUUUUAUGUGUGCCUUGUAAGAUUCUUGUGAAAUUUUUUGUAAGCACUUUGAGAUUUUUUGCUUGGGGGAAGGGGUGUUUUGUGAAAGUUGAUGGUUGUUAUUUAUUAUUAUUUAUUCUUGUUCAGUUAGCACAAAGUGAUCUCAAAACAUUCCUAGGAGAGUGUUUGCAUGAUGUGUUUAACAAUUUCAGGAAAGUGGAAUCUUUUUAAAAAUGCAGGUAUGGCAAAGUAAAGUGUUGAAUUUAUUCAUUUAAAAUACUCACUUUUAGUUGUUUGUGUUUCUGAUAUGAUGGGAGGAAAUGCAAUACGAUAUUUGAGUUCAGCCUCAUGAUUUACAGCAUUUAUGUAUAUAAAAGAUCUUGAAAGGUAGUUGUUAACUUUGGUGUAAGAAAAUCCUUUCCCCUUUUCCUUGGAUGUAACUAUCCUAUAUGUUUACAUAAGAAAUAAUAAACUGGAGA